GUAAGUUUGGUAAUUGGUUGAUUUGAUUCAGUGAGUCAGUGAGUCCAUUUAUUAAUCGAAUAAAUAAAUAAAGUGGAUUUGAUUCUCUUCUUCAAAAGCUGAAAAAAGCUUCAACUUGGUGCUCCAUUUUGACGUUUGUUUCGGCUCUUGGCUCAUUUAGGCGCUAUUAACUGAGUUGAGAGACUGUUUGUUUUUGGAUUUUAAUCUAUUCAGUCUGAUUCAGGAUAUCACCCCGCUGUUUGAAUGGUUUUUUCUCUGGGUAGAGAUUGGUGUGAUAUUGUGGAGAGAUGAGUCAAACAACAAGUGAUAGUGAUGAUAGGGUGCUCUCCAGGGACCAGACUGAUUCGCCGUUAAUGGAUGAAGGUGGCAAUUCCGUUCAAGGAGUUAUACUAAAAAAAGGACCGUGGACAUCUGCUGAAGAUGCAAUUUUAAUUGACUAUGUUAAGAAGCAUGGAGAGGGGAACUGGAAUGCUGUCCAGAAGAACUCAGGGCUGUUCCGUUGUGGCAAAAGCUGCCGACUGAGAUGGGCCAAUCACCUGAGGCCAAACUUGAAGAAGGGGGCAUUUACUCAAGAAGAAGAGCAGCUGAUUGUUGAGCUCCAUGCCAAAAUGGGAAACAAAUGGGCACGCAUGGCUGCACAUUUGCCUGGUCGUACAGAUAAUGAGAUAAAGAAUUACUGGAAUACCCGAAUUAAACGACGCCAACGUGCUGGUUUACCUCUUUAUCCUCCUGAAGUGUCUUUCCCAUUGCAGGAGAGUCAAAACCAAAACAUUGGUGGAAUCAAUAAUGGGGAUAAAGGCCAUCAUGAUAUCUUGCAGGCUAAUGGUUAUGAGAUACCUGAUGUUGUGUUUGACAGUUUAAAAGCCAAUCAGAGUGUCUUACCUUAUGUCCCUGAACUUCCUGAUAUUUCUGGAAGCAACAUGCUAAUGAAAGGUCUGGGCUCUCCAUUCUGUAGCUUCAUGCCGCCAACAAUUCAUCGCCAGAAGCGUCUUCGAGAUUCAGUGGAAUUAUUCUCUGGUUAUAGUGGAAGAGUAAAAAAUGAGUUCCCCUCAUUUGAUCAGUUCCAGAAUGAUUCUCCUGAUAAGAUAGCUCAAACAUUUGGGCUGCCUUUUCCACUUGAUUCAGAUCCUACGACCAAGGCCCCUGAGUCUUUUGGGGUAAUACAGGGUAGCCAGACCCUUUCAAAUGGCAAUUUCUCUGCUUCUAAGCCCACUUCAGGGGCUGUGAAGUUGGAGCUCCCUUCACUCCAAUAUCCAGAAACUGAUUUAAGCAGCUGGGGUGCAUCGUCUCCCCCGCAACCUUUACUUGAGACAGUUGACUCUUUUAUUCAGUCUCCUCCACCAACUGGAACUGUUGAGUCAGAUUGCCCUUCACCACGCAACAGUGGCCUGCUUGAUGCUCUACUCUAUGAGGCAAAAACUUUGAGCAGUGCAAAGAAUCAUUCCUCUGACAAGAGUUCAAAUUCUUCUUCUGUUUCUCCUGCUGAUAUAGCUGAUAGUUCCACCUUGAAUAUUUGUGAAACAGAAUGGGAAGACUAUGGUGACCGCCUUUCUCCACUGGGUCAUUCUGCAACCUCUUUCUUCAAUGAGUGCACUCCUCUCAGUACCAGUGGAAGUUCCUUGGAUGAACAGGCUCCUGUUGAGCCAUAUGUUGGGUGCAAGGUGAAAUCAGAACCAGUUGACCAGACAUGGACUCCUGAUAGAGGAAAAGUAAGCACUGAUCUGUAUGAUAUUACUCAGUCUGAUGCUUUACUUAGUUCAGAUUGGCUUGAGCAGGGUUCUUCUUAUGCUAAGAACCCAACUGUGAUGAAUGAUGCCAUAGCAACCCUUUUUGGAGAUGAUUUGGGCAAUGAAUAUAAGCAGAUGACAACAGGAACUUCGACAGUGAGUCAAGGGUGGGGUUUCGGUUCUUGUGCAUGGAAUAACAUGCCGCCAGUGUGUCAAAUGUCUGAACUGCCAUGAAGUCCUUGGUGUUUCCAGAAAUAUAUGAACUGUUUUGAACUUUUGUCGGUUGAUCAAUGUUGAUGAUUAGUUUGAACAUUGCUAGUCAGGUAAUGGUGCCUGGUGGACAGCAAAAUUUGAUUUGGGAGAUUUGUGGCAUAUUUGUAAGGGUCAUUUGUGGAUUUUAAUUUCUUGCUUUCUGAACCAAUGUGAAUUCCCCAUGCUAAAUUUGAAACUGAUUAGGUCUAUAAAUGCAUUCAGGCUUCUGUCAAA